ACGCUGCCCUGUAGCAUGGAGUCGGAGGAGGGCACAGACUGGCUCCUGGAGCUCCUGACCGAGGUGCAGCUGCAGCAGUACUUCCUGCGCAUCCGCGACGACCUCAACGUCACCCGCCUCUCGCACUUCGAGUACGUCAAAAAUGAGGAUCUGGAGAAGAUCGGCAUGGGGCGGCCUGGCCAGCGGCGGCUGUGGGAAGCCGUGAAGCGCAGGAAAGCCAUGUGCAAGCGCAAGUCGUGGAUGAGCAAGGUGUUCAGCGGGAAGCGCCCCGAGGCGGAGUUCCCGCCCCAGCCCCAGCCCACCUGCCCCAAGCUCUCCAGCCCGCCGCCCGCCGAGGAGGGGCAGCAGGCCCUGACCUGCCUGAUAAGCGAGAGGGACCUGACGCUCUUCGAGAAGCUGGGGGACGGCUCCUUCGGCGUGGUGCGGCGCGGCGAGUGGGGCACGCCCACCGGCAAGACGCUCAGCGUGGCUGUGAAGUGUCUCAAGACGGACGUGCUGAGCCAGCCGGAGGCGCUGGACGACUUCAUCCGGGAGGUGAAUGCCAUGCACUCUCUGGACCACCGCAACCUGAUCCGGCUCUACGGCGUGGUGCUCUCGCCCCCCAUGAAGAUGGUGACAGAGCUGGCCCCACUGGGCUCCCUGCUGGACCGGCUGCGAAAGAACCAGGGCCAUUUCCUCAUCUCCACGCUGUGCCAGUACGCUGUGCAGAUUGCCAUGGGCAUGGCCUACCUGGAGUCCAAGCGCUUCAUCCACCGCGACCUGGCUGCCCGCAACAUCCUGCUGGCCUCCAGCGACCUGGUCAAGAUCGGCGACUUCGGGCUCAUGCGGGCGCUGCCCAAGAACGACGACCACUACGUCAUGCAGGAGCACCGCAAGGUGCCCUUUGCCUGGUGUGCCCCGGAGAGCCUGAAGACGCGCACCUUCUCGCACGCCAGCGACACCUGGAUGUUCGGAGUCACCCUCUGGGAGAUGUUCACCUACGGGCAGGAGCCAUGGGUCGGCCUCAGCGGCAGCCAGAUCCUCCACAAGAUCGACAAGGAGGGCGAGCGGCUGCCGCGGCCCGAGGACUGCCCGCAGGACAUCUACAAUGUCAUGCUGCAGUGCUGGGCGCACAAGCCCGAGGACCGGCCCACCUUCUUGGCCCUGCGCGACUUCCUGCUGGAGGCCCAGCCCACGGACAUGAGGGCCCUGCAGGACGUGGAGGAGCCGGAGAAGCUGCACAUCCAGAUGAACGACGUCAUCACAGUCAUCGAGGGCAGGGCUGAGAAUUAUUGGUGGCGGGGUCAGAAUAAGAGGACCCUUAAAGUGGGGCAGUUCCCCCGAAACACAGUGACCUCCGUGGCAGGGCUGUCGGCCCACGACAUCAGCCAGCCGCUAAAAAACAGCUUCAUCCACACUGGCCAUGGAGACACCAACCCCCAGCACUGCUGGGGCUUCCCCGAUAAGAUCGAUGAGCUGUACCUGGGAAACCCCAUGGACCCUCCCGACGUGCUAGGUGUGGACCUGAAUGCAGCUAGACCCACCCAGCUCCCGAGCCGGGCGAAAAGGGAGCCACCACCUCGGCCACCGCAGCCGACCAUCCUCCUUACGAAGCCCUCGUACGACCCCGUCAGCGAGGAGGACUCCCUCUCCACAGGCCUCAAGCGGCUGUGCCUGAGGAAGCCGGGCCCCCCGAAGGGGCUGAAGCUGGCGAAGCCGUCGGCCUGGGUGUCGGGCACCAAGGUGGGCGAGCGGCAGCCGAGCCGGGCCAAGGGUGAGGGCCCCUCCUGCGGCGAGGCGCCGCUGAUUGACUUUGGGGACGAGCCGCCCCCCGCCACCCCCUCGCCAGUCGGGGAGCUGGGUGCCCCCUCCCUCGCCAGGCUGGCCAUGGAGGCUUUCUCCCUGCUGGACAAGACACCCCCCCAGAGCCCCACGCGGGCACUGCCCCGGCCCCUCCACCCCACCCCAGUGGUGGACUGGGACGCGCGGCCCCUGCCCCCGCCACCAGCCUACGACGACGUGGCGCAGGACGAGGCCGACUUCGAGGUGUGCUCCAUAAACAGCAUGGAGGGGCUGGGGGGGCGACCGACCUGGGACGAGGACGAGAAGGCAGCAGAGGAGCCGGGCUCAGCGCCGCUGGAGGACAAUCUCUUCCUGCCACCCCACGGGGCCAAGCAGCCCAGCCUGGCGCAGACCACGGAGAUCUUCCAGGAGCUGCAGCAGGAGUGCAUGAAGCGGCUGCACGUGCCCCGGAGCCCCGGGCCCGGCCCCAGCGAGGACAAGCCGCAGAUCCCGCCCCGCGUGCCCAUCCCGCCCCGGCCCCUGCGGAGGAACGAGCCCGGGCGCUGGUCGGGGGAGCUGUCCCCGGCCUCGGGGGGCGAGGAGGACCAGCCACCCCAGAUCCCGCCCCGCGACCCCUUAUCCCAGCCCAGCUCCAGGACUCCCAGCCCCAUGGCGCUGCAGGUGGGCUCCCCGCAGCAAAGGGCCGGCCUCUGCUCCCCCUUGGCCCUGGCCGCCUCCCUCUCCACCUCCCCGGGCAAGGCCAUGCCCACCACGCAGAGCUUCGCCUCGGACCCCAAGUACGCCACGCCCAAGGUUAUCCUGGCGCAGGACAAAGACAGCGCCAGGGGCCCCUGCAUCCUGCCCAUCGUCAAGAACGGCCGGAAGGUGAGCAACACCCACUACUACCUGCUGCCCGAGCCCCCGGCCUACCUGCACAAGUACCAGAAGUUCUUCAAGGAAGCCCGGAGCCCUGCGGAGCCGGCGCCCCACGUGGUCAGCACCGCCACCGUCCGGCCCAUGGUGCAGCAGCCCAACUGCUCGGCCAACAACAGCAACCCUGGCCCCCGGGGGGCGCUCAGGGCCUCCUGCAGCGCCCAGAACAUCAUCUACGACAGCAGCAGCGACGGCUGCCGGGCCGCCGAGAAAGUGCGGCUGGUGCAGGAGAUGGUGCAUGGUGUGACCACCGAGGAGUGCCAGGCCGCCCUGCAGAACCACGGCUGGAACGUCCUGCGGGCCAUCCAGUAUCUGAAGGUGGAGCAGCUCUUCUGCCUGGGCCUGAAGACGAGGGGGGAGUGCCACAGGGUCCUGGAGACGUUCGACUGGGACCUGGAGCAGGCCAGCUGCCACCUGCUGGACCCCGCCAGGCAGAAGCGGUGACGGCAGCAGGCCGGGAAGCAGAGUCAGACCUGGAGCAGGCACCUCCCACCUGCGCGGUGCCUGCCCCCCUCGUUGGAUUGAGCCGGCCGGAGCAGGGGCUCGGGCCCGGUGAGGGGCAGCCCCCAGGACCCCAGA